CCAUAUGAAACCAGCCACGCUUUAUCCUGCCAGUCUGUCCCGCUCUGCGAGCACAGGAAACACACACUACUCCCCCAGCCCUCACUCACUCAUUCAUCACUCCCUUUCACACACAUCUACAGACACACACCGGCUACGCUCACAAAGGACUGGAGGAUGGCUGUGUCCAUGAGAAGAAUGAAUGGGUCCUGGAGAGGGAUGGCUCUAGCCCUGGUUCUCUGUGCUCUGCUCCUACACAAUGAAGUUCACUGUCAAGAUGCCACUUAUGCAACUGAUACACCUUAUACUGAUGCCCCAGGUGCUGCACCCACAGAUGCAACCGGAGUCACAGCCCUCGCAGACGACACCCAAGGUACUGAUGCCACCGUCAAACCCCAAGCCCCUGUAGACGACACAGCCACUACCGUCGCUGACUCCACAGCUGACGACACUCCUGGGACCAGUGCUCCAGUAUCAGACCAGGACACUGCCUUCACGUCCACGGUGCCAGAGAAUGACCUCUUAGCAAGAGGUGACACCUCUGGAACCACAGCUGGACCUGGUGUCGACACACAGGGCACUGAAGCUACUGAUUCCCCGGUUGCACUUGUUGUACCUGAGAAAGAGGCCGCUCUUGUUCUUCCCAUUGUUGAGUGUGUGGACAAGGAGGCAGUGAAGGACAAGGACACAGUCAAGGUGGAGCUUUCUUCAGAAACUAGCUGUUCGGAGACCAAGAGAAUCUUGGAGGAUUCAGCCUGGUGCACAGGGGACUGCAACCUUCAACUGUUCCAGGAGGAGAACUCUAACACACUGGUUUUGACACGCGCUAAUGGUGGAGUCAAAGAAUUGUCGGAGAGCCUGAACAGUCAAGGCAUCAAGGGCCAGCUGGGUGUGGUGGAGGCAGCUCCUCAGUGGGGUAAACAUUCUUCCACCGUGCUGGUAUCUCUGCUCAUCACUGGCCUGCUGCUGGCUGCUGCCCUCAUCGGAGGCUACUGUCUGAGGAAACACCGCAGACAUAACGCCAAGGGCAUGAGGCUGGCUGAGGAGGCGUACCCAGUGGAUGAGGAGAACCAGGGGAACACCCUGUUGUCGGUGGCUCCUCUCAACCCCCUUGAGACCGUGGAGAAGCCUGCUAAUGGGGAUUCCCAAGAGGCCGCCAAGACCCAGCCCCCUCCCACCAACGGCCACUCCUCCACCAAGACGGCAGACACAGAGCUGUGAAGACCCCUCUAGAACUCCUGGAGAAGAAUGAAACAUACCCCCCACCCCUCCAACACCAACCCUUCCCCUCAGAACACCCCAGAACUCCAGAGACCCCAUCCUACAGUGGACAUCAGGGACUAAAACUGCCCCUCAUAACCCCAAUAACCCCCACAUAAACACUCCUUCUGACUCUCCAUGUCCCCCACUUCGGCUACAUACAACCCUAUGACAACCCCAUGGUAAAGUCCGAUAAGAUUAUGAUGGUGUUGAUGAUGACGGAAUGAUGAUAAUAGUCUUGAUGAUAAUGUGGAUGAUGAUGGUAAUAAUGAUGCCGAGGGCUGUGUCCCUGUCCCUGGGCUGCUGACGUCAUUCAGGGCUGGAGGCUGGGCCAGGGCAGGACUGGGUGGGGAGGGAGGAUUUUACGUUGUUAAUCACCACUGGCUCCAAGACUGCAGCUGGGGUCACAUCAACCAUGUCAUGUGCCCUGCCUGCACGUCAUCAGGUUUAAAGCUUCCUUCCAAAAAUCCUUUAACCAUAAAUUGAAGCAAAGCUUCACUAUCAAUUCAAAUUGAUCCUUGGACCUUAGUUGAUAAUAGAAAAUAGCAAGAAAACAACAACACAUCCUUAAAUUUGUUUACAAAGUUCUCAGAGUAGAAUAGAUGAGCACUCUGAGCUUGUUUGGUCAUCUUUGUGUGUGUUCUGUGUGUAAUGGUGUGUCAGUAUAGUAGGUGUGCAGGUGUGCAUGCUUGUGUGUUGGUGCUUGUUUUCUGUGUAUGGGUGUAUGGGUGUGUGUGUGUGUGUGUGUGUGUGUGUGUGUGUGUGCUAGCGAUUUUAUAUGUGUGCGAGACUGUCUGCGUGCGUGUUUUUAUAUGUGUGCGUUUUUUUUUUUAACAAUUUUGUAAAAUGAGUAGACAAGGUGAUGGCUUAGGGAGUUAGGUCCCCAGUAGUGGUGAGGAGAGGGGGUCCUCUUUUGGUGCUUAAUCUCACUGCCAAUCUGUAGGAGACGAAGCAGGAAAUAAUUCUCCCCUUCAUUACUGCAAGCUGAACCCAGAUAAGCCAAUGGCCUGACAGGAGGUAGAAUAAAAGGAUCCACACAGUGUCACCAUGGCGACUGCUGAAAACCAUACCAGACUGAUUUGUAUAAUGUCUGGGGCACAGUGUAGUGUAUAAAGAGGUCAGGUGUGCCAAUCAGUAUUAUGAUAUUUUUAAUACCUUUGAAAUGGUAUAGAAUUAAACACUUAAUACAUACAGUAUUAUAUUGAACAAUGUUGUAUAAUAUGCUUCUGUUUUAUCAUGUUUUUGUUAAUCUUGUGUACUCACACUUGCUUUGUUCUAAGCCACAUAAAUCAUUUUCACCAGCUUGCCAUGCAGACAUACUGUAUAGGAAGGAGUGAUCAUGCGCAGAAAGUACUUGUUGCUUCUUUUUGUUACAUUUUCAUUUUAUGUCAUGAAUUCUGAGAUUUCAAGGUAUUGUUUGGGUCUCUUUUAGUGUGUUUGAAACAUGUCUUUAGCCUAGUUCCCCAAAUACAUGUUGCUCAAUGCUUGGCAAUACUACAUUUUAGCAGAACUGCAUUUUAAACCACAGCCCAAUCUAUUGUUAAAAAGUACACUCAGCAUGCACAGCAGGGUGAUUUCUUGUUUAUAGACAUCUACAAGUAGGGCAUCGCCCCACUGUGUAUGAUUUUAAUUAAUAUUGCUGAGUCUACCCUUAAUCAGGAACUAAGGAGAAUAUUAUGAUUUCCAUUAUGCACCACAUUACAUCACUGUUUCUUUUUUCUUUGUUUUUAAUAACCAACAGUAUUCACUGUUUUGUUGAUCUAACUGGAGGAAAUUGCCAUUUUAAGAAAACAUUUGAGCACAUAAGUGUUACCUUACUUUCAUUUCUACUUUUCAUUAAUUUUCUGUAUUUUUAACAUUCCAGAAUGACUGUUUUAAUUCUACUAGCAUCCUAAAAUUCAAGAUAGGAAUCAAGUUUGGAAAAUAAAAUACCUUUUUAAAUAUAAA